UUCUUCAUUCUUCACGAACGCGCUAGUCGCGUCUUUUGACUCUCUUUUGGCUCGAACUUGGACUUAGACUCGGACUUUUAGAGUGCUAUUCUACUUCUGAAGCAUCUAUUUCUAUUCUUACGCUUAUAUUUUCUCGGAAUGAAGCCCUCGACGUUUUCACUCGUUUGCUCCUUGGUUAGGUUGUCCUCGGCUCUUUACGUCCCUGUCACCGUCGAGAGACGGGAUAGCAAGUCACCUUCUUUCGCGCUUCCCUCCGACGUUGGCAUCCCCUUCACAUCUGGUCAGAAUUCCCUGGCCACCACCACGUCGAAUCAGCCAACCAUCCAGAACGAUCAUAAUUUGUUGUACCAAACGCAGAUUAAUAUUGGUGGUCAAGAUAUAACGGUGCAGGUGGACACUGGUUCAUCGGAUCUAUGGGUGUUCUCAGAAAAACCUAUCAAUAACUUCAACCAGUCGGAGGCACAACCUGUCAAUAUCUCAUACGGCUUGGGUUCAGCUUCCGGUCCUGUUGGUUUUGCUCCCGUUUCGUUAGGAUCCUACACCGUAGAAUCCCAAGCCUUCAUCAAUGCAACAAGUUUCACCGUAUUCCCACAAAGCCUCUUCCCUCAAGGCGUCUUCGGUAUACUCGGCCUUGGCUUCAACACCCUCGACGGCAUCUCUCCCCUCGCCUCCGCAGUGGCCAAAGCUUAUCCAGACACACUCACUUUGGGCCAGAGUACCAUCGCCAACAUCUUCCAACAAAACUCCUCCCUUCCCAACUACAUCUCCAUCCUCCUCGGCCGCGCCAACGACAUCGACGGCGUCACGAACGGAGUCUUCACCAUUUCAGAACUCGUGUCCGGCUACGAAAACAUCACGCAGACGCCGAAGUUGGAUCGGUUCGUGACGGAUGGGGCGGGGUCGAGGUGGUCGGUUCUGUUGGAUGGUGUGUCUGUGAACGGGCAGAAUGUGACGCUGAGUUCGGGGACGGGGACGGAUAAGGGUGUGGCGCAGGGACAGGCGGUCGCGGUGCUGGAUACGGGCGCUACGGAUGGGAGUAUUCCGAAGGUUUUGGUGGAUGCGAUAUAUAGCGGGAUGCCGGGUGCGGUGUUCAAUGAGACUUCGAAGCAGUGGAUCGUUCCGUGUAACUCUACUGCAGAUGUGCGGUUCGUUUUCGGCGGCCAAGAAAUCGCCAUCCACCCCCUCGACCUCGCAACCCCCCAACAGAUCUCCACAUCCUCAGGAACCCUCACAACCUGCAUAGCCUCCUACGUCGAACUCGACCUCGGGUCCGGCUUUGCAGGCUUCGACAUGCUCCUCGGCGACGCCUUCCUCCGUAACGUCUACGCCCUCUUCGACUACGGCCAGCUCUCCUCUUCCGCCACCACCGUCUCCGACGCCUUCAUCCAGCUCUUACCACGCACGGAUCCACAGCUUGCGGUGCAGGAUUUCGAGAGCAGUAGGCAGACGGUGUUAAAGACGGCUCCGAAGGAGGCGACGGCGGAGCAGGUGAGGGAGAGUUUGGGGUCGGCGGCGGGGAGUGAUGAGGGUGCUGGGGAUGGGGAUGGGGAUUCAGGUGCGGGGACACCUUCGGGGUCUGGAUCUGCGGCGCCGGAGCCUUCGUCUUCAUCGGGGGCGAAACGGGUGGGUGCGGGGAGGGGGUUUGUUGGGGGAGUCGGAGCCAUGUGGUCGGUUUUUGGUUUGGUCACCUGCUUGUCGUACUUUGGAUUUCCCUAA